CUGCCUUUGUCCCUAAGAGCAGGUACCAGAGCAUGAUGAGCCGUUUUCUGAAUGUGUUGCGCAGCUGGCUGGUCAUGGUGUCCAUCAUUGCAAUGGGGAACACACUGCAGAGCUUUCGUGAUCACAGCUUCCUCUCCGAGAAGCUGUACACAGGCACACCCACCCUUGUGAAUGGUCUCCAAGCUCGGACCUUUGGCAUCUGGACUCUGCUCUCAUCAGUGAUUCGCUGCUCCUGUGCCAUUGACAUCCGCAACAAGACCCUCUAUCACAUCACACUCUUGACCUUCCUCAUAGCCCUGGCCCACUUCCUCUCUGAAGUGUUUGUUUACGGCACAGCAGCCCCGACGAUUGGUGUCCUGGCGCCCCUGAUGGUGGCAAGUUUCUCCAUCCUGGGCAUGUUGAUUGGGCUGCAAUACCUGGACGUGGAUGCAGUGUCACGAAACAAGAAGAAAAACUGAAGCCAAGGGUCCCACGUAUGUUAGAAUCACCUGCCUGCUGCCUCCGCAUCUUCCCUGCUAAACUCCUGCCAUCUUACCUCCCUGGCCCCCUGCAGUCAGAUCAUAGUUUGACUUCUUGUUAAUCAUUCUUCAUUAGCAAUUGAUUUCACCUGUACAGGCAGUGUUUUAAUGGUGACCAGUGAUAAAAGCCCAGCCCCAAGCCUUUGGGGGCUGUCCCACUGUAGGCAUUGCCUGAGACAGCCUCAGCUCCUAGGCUGGCAAGGGGACCACUUCCCA